AUGAGUUCUGUUAAUGUCGCAACAACGAAUGCCGACUCAAACCAACCGGCCGCUGCCGCCAUAGAACAAAGUGUGGGGACAAAAUCAUCAGCUUCUCCCGCCACUUUCAAAUCCGACGUGCCAGCUGCAGCUGCAACUUCCAGGUCUCUUUCUCCGACUUCUGUGGGCAGCCGCCCCAGCAAGCUAUCAGGAGGCAGCAGUGAUGCCGAUGGCGAGCAGGAGGGUGGCAAAGGCUGCGGCGGAGCUGGAGCCGGGACGCAGUCCGGACAGAAGACCCUAAGGCUAACAAAUGCCUACAUGUCUGAUGACGGUCGUAUACCGGAGUUUGCGCAACCUUUUGAGAAAACUGAAGAUGUUUGCGUCUCCGCCACCUCCAACAUACUGACAGACCUUUCGAGGCACAAAUGCCAUACUCAAGUGAAGCAGUCCGAUUAUUUCACAACAAAGACCGGUGAGCAGAUGGUUUCCAUAUCAGAUACGGAAGGGAGACCGGAUGCCAAUUACUGCUUGCGCAGAGGGAAUGCCCAUGGAGAAUUUGAGCGGGAAGAUGCUCCACCACCACCACCACCACCAACAAAGUUUAAGUUCAGAGCAAAUCAGAGCCUUAGGCGAUCGAUUGAGUCAGGAGAGUACAUCGAAUUCUUAAGAAGGAGAGAACACGGCGGAUGGAACUGGUUUGGCCGAAGGAAAAGGCGAAAGAAGUCUCCAUCACACUUAAAAAUAGGAUCGAGAACAAGAGGGUGCACGAAUUCCCAAAGCUCUGAUCGCAAAGUUCAGGUUCAACCCGUGAAAGCGGAAGCUGACUAUGCCGAAGGAAUAGAUGCAGUAACAUUCAACAGGCGGCUUAAGUCGCUACUAGUGGACAAUUCAGAGCCUAAUUUCGAAAAUCUGAUACGCCUCAGCUGCAAACUUGAAAACUACAUCGCUCUCAGAAGGGGAAAAACGAAGGAAGAAUUGUCUAUGGCUUCCAAAAUGGUGGUCGAUACAGAUGAAACUCCGUGGGAUAGGCCGUCAAGUCUUCCGCCAAAUAGGGCAUAUUCACCGGAUGAUGCAGAGCAAAGGACCUCGGUUAACUCCAGAUCUGGACUCCAAUCACUUACUGGAAAUGCAAAUGCGGCUUCUCCGCGAUCGGUGCGGGAAGGUGGAGGCUCCGUUCGCUCACCUCGAUUGACGCUAAGCAUAUCGAUUUCGAGCAUAUCUUCUGCUGAGCGGGUGAGUGAGGGUGCCAACAAGAAGGAACGCAAAGGUUGCUUCGGUCGUGGGAAGAAGAAAAUUGAGGACGAAUCCCAGCGGGACUGGUCGCGUGCAAGCAAGAGGUCCUUAAUUCUGGCGAAUACGCCGAACACGAAGAGUAUGACAAGUACGAAUACAGGAGAUUCGGCCGGAAGAAAAUCCACCAACAAUCAGAAAGACCGAGGUUGCUGCGGUCGUGGGAAAAAGAAGAACGAGGAUAAAACAGACCAGGAUCUGUCAUCUAAAGGCCCGUCUCAAAUGAGUACCGGCUCCAGAAGG